AUAUAUAUAUAUAAAAAAAUGGUUGUAUUAUGAUCAUAAGACUGGUCUAGUAUAGAAGGAGGCUGUGGAGGAUCCCUGGUUCGGCCCAACUGAAGGCAGAUUCUCAAUACAGUUCUAGCAUGCCUCCUUACACUUCUAUAUAUUAAUAUUUACACUUGGCUUAAAUACAACCCCGCCUUAAACCCUUCAAUAUAGAGUAUAGGCUCCAAAAACAUCCUGUAGUGUUGUUUCAAACAGUGGACAGUGAACCCCAAGUGAUGGUUUGAGGUUAAAUCAGUGACUAUGUCUAAAGAAGAGGGAGGUGGGGGUGGAGGUGAGACCCCCCAGGCCCAAUAUGUUGGCCCAUACAGGCUGGAGAAAACGCUUGGAAAAGGACAAACAGGUUUAGUGAAGCUGGGAACCCACUGUGUCCUAGGGAAGAAGGUUGCAAUAAAAAUAGUCAACAAAGAGAAACUUAGUGAAAGCGUUCUUCUUAAGGUUGAGCGUGAAAUAGCAAUCAUGAAACUAAUAGAACAUCAGAAUGUUCUCGGUCUCUACGAUGUUUACGAGAACAGAAAAUACUUGUACCUUGUACUGGAGCAUGUAUCUGGAGGAGAACUGUUUGACUACCUGGUGAAGAAGGGUAGGUUGACCCCGAAGGAAGCUCGACGAUUUUUCCGUCAAAUUAUUUCAGCACUUGACUUCUGUCACAGUCAUUCAAUAUGUCACAGGGAUCUGAAACCAGAAAAUCUACUGCUUGAUGAUAAAAACAAUAUAAAGGUUGCAGAUUUUGGAAUGGCCAGUCUUCAACCACGUGGGUCGAUGUUGGAGACAUCUUGCGGUUCUCCGCACUACGCUUGCCCAGAAGUUAUUCGAGGCGAGAAAUAUGACGGGACUCGGGCAGAUGUUUGGUCUUGCGGAGUUAUCCUUUACGCUCUUUUAGUUGGAGCUCUUCCAUUUGAUGAUGAUAACCUUCGCCAACUACUAGAGAAGGUUAAACGUGGCGUCUUCCAUAUACCACAUUUUGUUCCUCCUGAAUGUCAGAAUUUACUGCGAGGGAUGAUUGAAGUAUCUCCUGAUAAAAGACUGACGCUGAAGGAGGUUAACCGUCACCCCUGGGUGAUAGCUGGGGGUAAGGGUGAACUGGAUCUAGAAGAUCCUAUGAUGGAAGUUGUUCAAACUCAUAUUAUUCCUUCAGAGGAUCAAAUUGAUCUGGAUGUGCUACAGGCAAUGAACAGCUUGGGAUGUUUUAAGGAUCGACAAAAAUUAAAAAUGGAGUUGCUCAAACCGUUACAUAAUACAGAAAAGGUGAUAUAUUUCCUUCUACUUGACCGGAAAAAGAGGAAACCGUCCUAUGAAGAUGAUACGGAGGUGAUGGUUCGUUCCCGGUGCGGAAGUCAGGAUCCCCCCCGGAAACGUGUUGAUCAUAGUAAAGUAAACGGAAACCAUUUUGUCCAGCUUAGCCAGGGAUCCCCUCUCACACCUAGGAGACAACUUUACAGCCCGGCCUUACCGAGGAGAAAAGAGGUGGAUUAUCUAUCAGGGUCCAGGACACCCUUACUCAGCAAUAGAAGACGACAACCAAGUGGUUCCUCCUUGUCGUCCUUUGGUCCCUCCUCUCUGUGCACCUCCCCGGUCCCUCCCUUCUCCCCCCAUCCCUCUCCUAAACUUCAAAGACAAGAUAAACCGCGGCUAAACGAGGGCGGAGGAGAUACCGAACAUUUACUCCCAACUCCACCAGGUUCCCCAUCACAGGCCCACUGGAGAUCUAGGUUGAAUUCUUUGAAGAAUAAUUUCCUCGGGAGUCCUAGGUUCCAUAGAAGAAAACUUCACGAUGAUCUUGUUUCCAGCCACCAUCCAACCCCUGAAUCAUCUCCUGAACUAACUAAAAGAUCCUGGUUUGGUUCCUUGAUGUCUACUGAGAAGGAAGAGAACUAUACCGUAGUAGUUAAAGGAAAAUCAUUGGCAACCAUUAAAGCCGAUCUUAUUCAUGCAUUUCUUUCGGUCAGCGAUCUUCAACACAGUGUGGUGACACCAAUGUCGUUCCGGUUAGAGUACAAGAGAGGGUCAACUGCGUCUACCAUGUUUCAAAGACAGGUUCGAAUGCAGGUUGAUAUUUCAGCCGUCAAUAAAUCCGAAUCAACGGCAGAUUGCCUUUAUGCCAUAACAUUCACCCUGAUUUCUGGUAACAUUCGCCGUUUCCGGCGAAUAUGUGAGCAUAUCCAGAGUAUGGUCUGUGCUUCAAGGCGAGCUCCGCCUGCUUCGCCUCGGGCACAACGGCGGAGUACUCAUCAAGGCGAAAUAAGUGAAAGUGAAUCAGACACUUCAAACCGAAUGAUCGAGCAACAUUCAACUAAACAGAAUAUUACUGAGGGUAGUCCCCCCUCCAGUCCUAGAUGUAGACCACAUUCCGGUCCAGUCGAAAUAAAGACUGAAGAUGUUGUAAGAUGUACAAACUCCUCGUCCCGUGGUUCCUCUCCUACAGUCAACAUGAAGACUCCAACCAACAGUAGGAAAGGGAGUCCCAGCUCCAGUAGGCGGGGCAGCCAGGGGAGUAGGCGGGGCAGUAGAGAGAGUAUUUCAACACCCACUCCUUCACUUUCAAGAAAACCGAGUGUCAGAUCUGAAAGAACUGAGGAGGCUCCGCCUCAAACCAACGGAACUAAGGCCACGGAUUCAGAGACGAGUCUGAGCGCAGAGAAUAUAGAGAAAAGUGUAGAAGGGGAGAAUAAUGAAAUAAAUCACAAAGUGAACGGAAAUAAUGGUUCUGUUAAGGAACUUUCAGAAGAUGGAAGUAAUAAUAACGAUGUAAAAUCAAUCAUUUUUGCCUAACUCAGGCAACCUUAGGACUAAAGCCGGUCAUCUUUGGCAACCCUGACACUAACCUCGGUCAUUCUCGGGAAACCCUGGGGAUUGACACCAGUCAUUCUCUCUGGCAACCCAGGCACUGAUACCAGUCAUCCCCAGGUUACAUAGAGACUAACAGGGUUAGUUUAACACCAGGCAUUCUCAGGCAACUAGGGAAUUAACACCGGUCAUUCUCGAGCAUCUGGGGCACUAAGAACAAUUAUCCUUAGGCAUCUGGGGCAUUAACGCUGGUCAUCAUUUGGCAACCCUGGCACUUAUACCGAUCAUUUUCGAGUCAUCCUUAGCUAACCCUGGAUACUAAAACCUGUCAUUCUCGGGAAGCCCCUCGGGCAUUAACACCGGUCAUUCUCUGGCAACCUAGAAACUCAUACCGGUCAACCCCAGGUAACACGGAGACUAACACUGGUCAUCCUGGGCCAACAGGGACAUGAACAUCAGUCAUCCACGGGCAACCAGGACAAAACCCUAGUCAUCCUUGGGCGGCUGGGGCACUAACACUGGUUAUCCUUGGGUGUCCGAGACACUAACACCAGUUCAAGUGGCCAGUCGUCACAGUGGGAAAUGUAAUAAAUCCGGUAAAGACUUGGCAGGGUGGCGCUAGAUAAAUAGUUAUCAUCAUAUAUGUCUAUUAUUAUUAUUAUUAUUAUUUGCACAUUGUUAAACACUAAACAUGUGUUGGAGCACUUAGUUUCCAUCUGAUUAUAGCGAAGCUCAAAUUAUUUAAAAACAGGGUGAGCAAAAAAACCAAAGACUUACAUAAAAAACGGGCUGACAGAUUCAUCCAUUAUAUUCAAAUCUACAGUGAAGAAUUGAAAAAGCUUUCAAUGAGGCAUUAUAUUUUCUUAAACAUAUUGUUUGUGAUUUAAAGUCAAUACUGUUUAGGGGAACUCACAUCUUGUACAUGCCUUGAUCCUGAGUAUUUUUGGAUUGUACAGUACCGACCUAAGAUAUUACCGUAUCGACGUGAGAUCGUUAACAUGUAAAUCUUGAAUUGAAAGGCAGUGCCCUGAGACUGUACUGUACCGACCCGAGACUGUACCAUACCGACCCGAGACUGUACCAUACCGACCCAAGACUGUACCGUACUGAUCCGAGAACGUACCAUACCAACGUGAGAUUGCACAGUACCGACCUGAGACUGUACUGUACCAACUUGAGACUGUAUUGUACCGACCUGAGAAGCUGUACCAUGACAACCCUGCAUUGUGCUGUAACGGCCUUAGAUUGUAUCAUACUCUUAUGCUUUAUAAGUUUAGGCCCACCAAUCACCAUUUUAAUUAAAAAAUUACUCCUUUUAUAGGAAGAUGUUGGGAUUUGUUCUCUGAACAUUUUUUUGAAUAGUUUUUUUGGAAACAUUUGCAAGAAACUUAUUGUUAACUGGGAAAUCUAUUUUGGGAAAAUUAACGUUUUUUAAUUCUAAACUUUGGCAAAUACAUGGGCUGAACAAUUUUAUUGAACUUUUUGAUAAUUUUCCUUUAGGUUUUCCUUUAAACAUUUUAAUACUUCUCUUAAAAGAGUUUUAGUAAUACAAUAUUAUACAAUAGUUUUGUUUUUCCAAUUUCAAUUUUUUCAUUUUCUCUAGAUAUGACUUUAAUGUUUUCAGUUAUUUAUGAAAUUUGGAAAUACAAUCUAAUAUUAAAAUGGUAACAUUUAGAAGCUAUGCACAAAAUGACGAUAAUUUUAAUUAAACCAAAAUAAUCAUAUUUUUGAAGUUUAAUAAAGUGUUCAGAAACCCGAAGCGUAUUUGAUUUGUUUAAAAUAACAUCAUGAUGAUGGGACAAAUCACUUUAAACUUUCUAAAAAGUAACAUUUUUAUUGUGUUAAUGAUUAUUGACUAUUCUAGCUAAAGAUCGACUAAUGGAUGAAUUGGGGCCAAAACCUGCAGUUUAAAAAAGCUGUGUAACCAUUAAUUGAAUCAUUAAACUCACAUUAUCGUUUUGCUAUAUAGAAAACAACGUCCUCAUAUACUCUCAAGCUUUAUGCAGA